AUGCGGCCGGCAAAAACCAGAGCUGAAAAGACUCAGCAAGUGUCUGACUCUACGGAUCGAACCGUUUUACCUAAUGUUAUUUUGGUGCAAGAUAAAUUACCAGGAGCGCUUGAAAUUCGUACGCAACCGGAAAUGUACUAUUACAAAUUAAUGAAAGAAGAGCGUCCAGAUCUGAUUAUUGAUCCGUCUGUAGUCACUAAAGAAGACAUAGAACUCCUAUGUCGUUAUAAUGGAGAUCGUACGGAAUUACAAGAGAAUGACAUCAUCUAUGCUGAUAACGAUCAUGACCCUGAAGACAAGGUUUAUACACGCUAUGAAAUUCUUCUGCAAUAUAAUGAAGGAAGAUAUUCCGGAGUGUACUUAGUGCAGAAAAGAUCGAACACCAAAGGAAAAAGCAAAAAUCUUUAUAUGUUGAAGCUUGGAUUAAGACGAAAUGGCCAAAAACAAAAGAUUUCCCUCUUGAGGGAAAUUAAAGUUCUGAAAGAGCUUUCUCAUGCAGCCAAGUCAGACAACAGCAAUUUCCCCGUACUCGUUGACACAGGCAAAGUGUGUGAUAUGGAGUUCAUAGUGUUGACGCUGUUUGAUAUGAAUUUGGAUAAACUAAGGGAAUCCAUAGGUGGCUCAUAUUCCCCUGCAUCAGCUCUUUUCCUCGGCUAUCAAUGUCUUACAUGCAUCAUGGAAUUGCAUUCGAAAGGAUUCAUUCAUCGCGAUAUCAAACCCUCCAACUUCUGCAUAGGACUGCAGCCCAAUAAUAGAAAAGUGUUCAUGAUUGAUUUUGGAGAAGCUGUCCCUUCUGGUAAGAAUAUUCGUGCUGGAACUCCGGAUUACCUGACAUUGCCCUAUUAUAGUCUUGGCUGCCAUAAAAACAAGGCGACAACAGAACACUUUGACUACGAGAGCUGGUUUUACAUGUUAUUGGAUUUUUUAAAAGCGAAACCGAUGGAUUGGAAGAAUUUGACAAAUGAGGAGCAAGUUGUGCAUCGAAAAGAAAAGUUCUGGAAUGGUAUGUAG